AUGGCUUGGCCCUCAACCAGACUGUCAUCAGCUGUGUCUGUCAGUGCAUCCCGCUUGAACGGCUACGCUAUCAAGUGCCUGUCAUGGACCAGCUCAGGCUGUCACCUCGGGGACUCCGUCGUUGAAGACCUCGACGCUUUCAAGGAUCUCGGCUCGGGCCAUCUGCACACGGCCACUGACAAGCCUUCUGAUUCGCUCGAUAUGCAGAGCGCUCCACUGGCCAGCCGCCAGGCGGGUACAAUCGCGGUCCCGGUCGAUAAUAUAAGUGCCGGAAGCCAGCCAGCCCCUGAGCCUCUCUUAUCAUUGCGAACAGACGACGACGAGUCUUCUGACUCUGAAUCCUCCCACACGUGCCCGAUAGCUGCUGGUAUUAAAACCUCUACUCGCCAUCAAUCAGACAACUCCUUCGGCAGUCUUUGUGGGGCAUACGAUCUUGACCUGACGAUGGAUGACAUUACAGAGAAGAAGGCCCCGGCCGUUGAGACAACGACGGCUGUAGACCCCACGGCUCUCAAUGAGAAACUCGAGACAUUCGAGGUCAAUCGCGAAAGAGUCAUUGAGCAUCUCGAUCAAUCUUCCGACCUCAAUGAUAUUCUCAAGAGCGACGUGCAGCUCGAAUUCAUCCUCGACAAGAUGCAGUACGUCAGUCUUGAAAUGGCUCUCGAGAUCUUGAAGGAAGCAGAGCAGUACCACCAGGACGAUUACAACUUCCCGGAGAGAACGAUGAAGAAGAUCCAGAAUCUAAUCAGCGGAGUGGAAGCCAGUGGGCUGGACUAUGACACUUUUGAGCUCGACGCUCGUAUCGAGGCAACUCUCAUGAAGUACUACUCUCCAUAUCCCGAGGUGCGCGCUGUCGUGAGUCCGAUAGACGACCCAACUGCCUAUGUUGAGACCCUCCGUGCGUACUUUUUGGGAAUUAUCUGGUCAGGCGUUGGCAGUUUCAUCGUCGAGUUCUUCCAACCUCGUCAGCCGUCGCUCUCGAUUGGUACCCCCGUCCUGCAAAUUCUCAUCUACCCGUGUGGCAAGUUUCUCGCUCAGGUCCUUCCCGAUUGGGGCUUCACUCUCUUUGGAACCCGUUACUCGCUCAAUCCUGGCCCGUGGUCCUACAAAGAGCAGAUGUUUGCGACAAUCAUGGUAAACUGCGGCGGUGGCUUCUCAAACAUCAUCAACAACACUCUUGUGCUCAGUCUAGACACCUAUUUCGGACAGAAAUGGGCAGACUUUGGAUUCAUGUUUUUGAUGAACUUCUCCACAUCUUACUUUGGAUUCGGAAUGGCGGGCAUUCUGCGACGAGUAUCUGUAUACAGUGAAAAGGCAGUCUGGCCUAGUAUCAUGCCUACUUUGAUGCUUAACCGAACUUUGAUGCUUCCGGAAGAGAAGCGAUCGAUCAACGGAUGGACGAUCUCCAAGUACAAGCUCCUGUGUAUUCUCAUGGUUGCUUCCUUCCUGUAUUACUUUGUCCCCGACUACCUCUUUACUGCUCUAUCGACUUUCAACUGGAUGACAUGGAUCGCUCCAAACAAUGUGAAGCUCGCCAUCAUCACUGGUUCCUCUCUUGGCGCGGGUAUCAACCCGAUCCCUACUUUUGACUGGGCUGUGAUUAACUACUCCACUCCCUUGGUCACGCCGUUCUUCUCUCAGAUGAACUUCUUUGUCGGAACCCUGUUUGGCGGUCUGUUAAUGAUUGCGUUGUACUGGAGAAACUACAAGUACACGGGUUACAUGCCCAUCAACUCGUCCGGCUUGCGGGCAAACGACGGCUCCAGAUUCAACGUGUCGCGCGUCCUGACCAACAACAAAUUCGACCUCGAAAAGUACAAAUCCUACUCCCCUGCCUACUAUACUGCCGGCAGUCUGCUGCGCCAGGGCGCCGCGUUCUGCCAGUACACGCUCUCGUUUGUGUUUAUCUUCCUGUCUGACUGGAAGAUUCUCUGGCAGACAUUCAAGGGUAUGGUCAAGAACAUCAAGAGCUCUGGCAAGACCAGAGAUAUCGACGAUUUCGACGACCCGAUGUCUCGUAUGAUGCGCGUGUAUCCUGAGGUGCCCAGUUGGUGGUAUCUGGCUGUCCUCGUUGCGUCGCUGGUCAUGGGAAUCAUCUGCUUUGAGGUCUAUCCCAUUAAUGUCGGCGUCUGGAUGAUUUUUGUUGUCUUCUUCAUCUCUGCUGCGCUUCUGAUCCCAUCGGCAGUUGUCUUUUCCGUGUCUGGAUACCAGCUCGUCAUGAACGAUCUGAUGGCAAUCAUCGGAGGUUACAUGGUUCCCGGCGUCGUCGGUGUCAUGAUGGCCCGAUUUUACGGAUACAACAACGACGAGCAGGCAGAGACAUUCGUUUCUGAUCUCAAGCUUGGACACUACGCCAAGCUGCCUCCCCGCGCAGUGUUUAGAGGACAGAUGGUGUCGACCAUGGUCAACGUGUUGGUCACAAACGGUGCCGUCAUGGCGCUCAUGAAGACCGUCGAUGGCCUUUGCACGCCCACCCAGGCCAACAAAUUCGUCUGCCCGAACGAGGGCAGUAUGUUUAACUCGGUUACCAUGUUUGGCGCUGUCGGCCCCGACCGUGUGCUCAACACGCUCUACCCGGGUCUCAAGUACUGCUUCCUUGUCGGUGCUCUGCUAGGCUUCAUCUUCUACGGCCUGCGAACAAAGUUCCCCAAGCAGCUGCGCUACGUUCAUCCGGUCGUUAUGAUGUCGGGUAUUAACAAUUUCUGGGGAUACGGAUAUAACCUCAGCUACAUCAUUCCCGGCGUCUACUUCAACUGGUUUUUCAUGAACUACAUCAAGAGCAGAUAUCUAGCCUGGUGGACAAAGUACAACUUCAUCAUCACCUCCGCACUGACUACCGGCACGGCCUUUUCUGCAAUCGUCAUCUUUGGCGCGCUGGAUUAUACAAAGACCGAGCUCAACUGGUGGGGUAACACUGUCAGCUCAGCUGGUAUCGACGGCACGACGACUGCGCUGUACGAGAUCCCAGAGGUGGGAUACUUUGGUUUGGCGCCUGGUGAAUUCUCGUAGAUGUGAGCCCUGGAGGUUUUGAUGUUUCAAGUCGUCGCUGCCAGAUUUUUAAUUUUUAAUGGCCAAGUUUAAUAUGCUGGAGAUUUUGAAGUGUGGUAUAUGAUACG